CGAGCGACCGGACCAUGGCCAGCGACGGCUACGAUCGCAUGAGCGAGACCGACGAGCACCGCAGCAGCUUCUCGUACAGCCAGCGUGGCGCCUCGUCGGCUGGCAUCGAUGGCUUCACGCGCAGCUCGAUCCUCGACCGCGAUAUCGUGGCCGCGCCCGUCGACCACGCGGUGCCAAUCCCGCCCAAGGCCUUCAAGGGCCGCAUCCGCCGUUGGCCCGGCGUGCUGCUCUUGCUUGUCAUGAUUGCCGGCUCGGUUGCAGCCAUCGUGUACUUGGCCCAGCACUUUCGGGGCUUGGCGCAAGCGCGGGCAACCGACGUACAGAAGCGCCUCGCCAAAGAGCGCUCGAUUGCCGACGGCACGACGAGCGGCUCGAGCUCGGGCUCGACCGACAUCGCCGACGAUGGCCAAGUCAACAACCCCGAGGUGUACCCGCCGAGCGGGUGCCAGCUGCCCAACUACGUCAGCAAGAACGGCAAGCUCUACGCGGUCGCCAAGAAUGGCACCGAAGUCUCGUUCCAGAUCAAGGGCGUCAACUGGUUUGGCAUGGAAACUGGCAUGCAAGCGCCGUUUGGGCUCUGGGACAACGACCAGAACGGCACGACGGUGUACGAAGUUGCCAAAUUCCUCGCCAACAACAAGUUCAACUCGGUGCGCGUGCCCCUCUGCGUCUCGAGCAUCCUCGCCAACAAGCCGCUCGAAGCAUCGAUCGUUAACCGCGUCACCAACCGCGCACUGGAUCUGACGUCGUUUCUGAGCCUGCUCCAGACAGUGACCCAGUCGCUCGGGUACCGCCAGAUCUCGGUCAUGCUUUCCAUGCACACGCUCGACUUGAUGAACCAUGGCGGCUCGCUCUGGUAUGGCUCAACGGUCAGCGAAGCCCAAUUCCUCCAGUCCAUCGACAUGCUCACCGAGGCGCUCUGCUCGGACACGUACUGGAACGUCCUUGGCGUCGACGUCAAGAACGAGCCGUGGGAAGGCACGUGGGGCACGGGUCUUAAAAACGACUUCAAGCUCGGCGCCGAGCUCAUUGGCGCCCGUGUCCUCAAGGGCUGCCCCAAGUGGCUCGUCUUUGUCGAAGGCGUCAACGCGCAGAACGACGUGACGCUCGACGGCCAAGCGUUUGCAUACUACGACUGGUUUGGCGGCGGGCUCCAGAAGGCUGGCGCCUUCCCCGUCGUCCUCCCGACCCCCGAGAAGCUCGUGUACGCGCCGCACUACUACACGCCGGCGGUGUUUCCGCAGUACUAUCUCUUUGGCGGCGGCAAGGUCGGUGCAGGCAACGCCAUCAACGGCUACGUCGAGCUCAGCGACGAGAAGCUCUUGGGGCGAGUCGCGCAGACCAUGCACCAGAUGUUUGGCUAUUUGAACGACAAGAAGGACGUCGCGGUGGUCCUCGGCGAGUUUGGCGGCCUUUACACCAAGGACGCGCACCCGAUGAAGACAACCCAGCGCUGCACGGACUUUACGAUCCAGACGAUGCUGAAUGAAAACUACGCCGGCGGCUACAUGUGGUCGCUCAACCCCGAGUCGGCGUACCAGUACAACCCCGCCGACAAGCCCGGGCACUACACGGAAGGGCUCGUCACCGACGAUUGGCGGUCGGCCAACGUCCCGUUUUUGAAGGCCAUGAAGGCGAUGGACGCGAUGAAGGACCUCAAGAUGAUGCCGUGCUUUCCCAUCGAGUAGAGAAGAGUGGACGUGAGAAAGCAAGAGUUGUUUGUGUUGCGAAUCGGAGAGCGUAUGAGCAGACGACGG